AUGGCGCCCUCUCCUCCCAAGCGACGCAGACUCUCGCCGUCCCUCGACGCAGCAGGCGAUUCCUCCACUCUCAUCCCCACCACCACCGCCGCCGCCGCUGCGAGCGUCGAGACCGACCUGCAUCGCCCGAUCCGGCGAAACGCACAAUGCAUCGCCGCAUCUCCUCCGCCGCCAUCUGAUCGUCGCGUGCUCCAAUCCAGCUCGGCCAUCAACCUCGUCCAGCCCAUCGCCCCGCUUCGCCAUAACCCCGCGCACAACGACGACGAAAAGCGAACAGACGAACUGCGCUCGCGCUCCCGCUGUACUCUCGACGAUACGACCUCGAUACGCCCGGUACCGACGGUGCGCUCUGCUUCGCCCGAGGAGGGACCGCACGAGUGCGACGAGGACGACAUCGAGGCCCUCACUCAGCGCUCCAUCUUGCAGGAGCUUCACCUGAUCCAGGAGGAGAACAGCCAGUCUCUGCUCCUGGAAAACGAUGCGGAUGGCCAUUCACCGGGCAACGAGGCCGUCGAUGCGGCGCAGGACACACCGGCGCAAUCCUCUCCGUCGCUCCACUCAAGUCCUGCCGCAUCCGAUGCGAACCUUGCGUUGCCGUCCGUCGCGCCCAUCAGAGGCGAGCUUGCGCUUGUGCACGAGCCAGGCGAUGCCCCGGCGGAGGGGAAGCUUGAAGAUGCCACCAUCGAGGAACUCGGCGAGUCCCAGGACGAGGCUAAGAGCAAGGGUCAAGUCGAGGGCGGGGUUGACGGCCAACACAAAGUCGAGAGCAAGGUACAGGCCCUAGCCCAGGUGGAAGGCGAGGGUCUCGCCGAGCCGGCCGUCGAGGCACUACCAGCCAUGGCGACCCUCCUCGUCGGCGAGGGCCAGGUCGAGGAGCCUGCUUCAACCGUGCAUGCCCCUGCCAAAGACGCUACGGCGGCCGCAGAGACCGACCUCGCCCUCGAGGCGCCGCUCGACAUGGCUGACCACAGCCUCCUGUUCGAAGGUCUCGACGCCGAUGCCUUCGACGAUAUCGAGCUCAGCCCCGCCGACCCCAUCAAGACGUCACGCCCCGCGCUCGGCUCGAUGCAAAGCGGCAGAGGAGGGCCGCCGUCAUCGCCGCUCGUCGCGCGCAAGCGAGCCCUGCACCAGGACCGGUCGCUCGCUGCCGCCGUCGAGUCGCUCCAGCCGGCUGCUGCACAGGACGAUGCUACAGAUUGGGACGACGAUGGGCCCGACCUCGAUGCCCUCUUUGGCAGCCAGCCGCUGGGUCUCGAAGCGCCAGAUGCUGCGGCAUCGCCCUCGGCGAGACCACCGCCGGCGGCCUUCAUGGGCUUCCGCACCGCUGCGAACAGCAAGCUGGCCGGGCCCAGCGAGGCCGCCAUGAAGCGCGCUAGGCGGCUGGUGUUCUCACAGUCCGAUCCGCCGUCGUCUUCCUCGCAGCCGCAGCCGCAGCCGCCGCCGCAGCCAUCUGAGCCGUCGCAGCGGGAUCCAGCUCCGGAUCUCAUGGCAAAGGGCAAGGGCAAGGGCAAGCAGGCGAUGCAGGACGAAGAGGACUGGAGCGACUCCGAGUAUGUGGUCAAGGGCGAGGGCGGCAUGGACGGUUUCGCCCUCGGAGCAGGCACGACGGGUGCUCUGCCGGGCCUCGGUGGCGGCGGAUUCGGCGGCUUCUCCAACGCCAAAGGCGUCGCCCUCCGGCCGAGCGAAGCAGCACUAGCUGCAGCCAAGCGGCUGUUUGCCGAGAUCGACAGCGAGGCAGAAGGCGGCCUGGUGACGCGCACGCCUCCCCAGGCCGUCGAGCGGCCCAGACGGAUAGCAACCCGGCCGUCUGGCGCCGACGAUGGGUCCGCUCCGCCGUCACAGGCUCAAACACCAACCCUACCGGCGCCCCGGGCGCUUCCAGCUCCACCGGAACAGGCCGUGGAUGAUCGAUCAAUGGCGCAGCAGAUCCCCGCCGUAGGCACCGCCGAAGCGACAAAAGAAAAGGCUGUCGCCGCGCCUGCCGCUCCAGCCACCGGCAGCGGAUCGGCCUCAGCACCAGCGGUCCCCACGCUCACGGCAGCGGAAGCCGUACCGCGCAGGGCAGCGGCGACCACAGACUCUGCCAGCAUGACCGCAAGGACGCCGACACGGCCGCUGCCCGUGCCGGUCCAGUCGCAUCGGCGAGCGGGGCCAUCAUCGGCCUUGUCGAUGACCAACGGCGGCUCCCCCCGGUUCGGCGGCACCUCGGGCGGCCUCGGCACGCCCGCCUCGCAGAAGCGCAUCUCGCUCGGCAUGACGCCGAGGGGCAAGCAGACGCCGACGAGCGGCGGCGGCGGUGGCGGUGUCGCGCGACCCAAGUUCCGCACGCCGUUCAAGAACAGCUCGUCGGGCCCGGUGCCAUCUGCCGGCUCGGUCUCGUCGCCGUUCCGCACGCCGCUCGGCGCGUCGAGGCAGGCCAACGUCGUCUACCCGCAGCCGGCCAGCGCAUCGCAGCGGGCCAAGGGCCUGCAGCACAAGCGCGGGACGGAUGCGGCGGGCGUGGCAGGGCCUUCGUCGUCGUCGUCGUCGUCGUCGUCCGUCUUUGACCUGGCGCGGCGACAGCCUCGGCAGUCGCUCGCUGCGUCUGGCAUCGUGCCAGAGGGCGUCUCGCCACUGCAGGCCAUCGCGCGGGGCGUUCCGGACGAGGUUCUGGUGAUCCUCUGCGAUGCCACCCAGGCCGACCGGUACGCCUUCGACGGGCCGGACGGCGAGCCGCUCGGCCCGCACGAGGCGCUCCGGACGCUGCUGGCGCGCGGGUGCCCGUACGCAGAUGAGCGAUGGGAGCACGACUCGCCGCCGCACCUGCCCAUGGUGCUCUUCGUCUCGCGCAUCCUCGAGUCGACGGACACCGACUACGACGGCGGCGGCAGCGGCGGCGGGGCGGCGGUGCGGCGCGAGGUGACGCUCGAGCUCUCCGACGGCUGGUACCGCAUCCGCGCCGACCUCGACGUGCCCCUGGCCGAGGCGGCGACGCGUGGCCGCAUCCGCGUCGGGCAGAAGCUGGCCAUCGUGGGGGCCAGGCUGCAGAGCAGCGGCGACGGGACCGAGGUGCUCGAGGCGCUGCUGACGUCUUCGCUGAGCCUGAGCGCCAACUCGGUCUCUCUGGCGCGGUGGGACGCGCGGCUGGGCUUCAGCCGGCAGCGCUUCUUUGCGUCGCUGCGCAGCCUGCUGCCCGAAGGGGGCGUUGUGUCGGCCAUGGACAUUGUCAUCACCAAGGUGUUUCCGCUCGCCUACAUCGACGCCGACUCGGACGCCAAGAGCAAGGCGGGCCAGCAGGGCGCGCGCGGCGAGGCAGAGGAGCACGAGGAGCGCGACGCUUGGCUGCAGCGGUACGAGGAGACGCGGGCGAGGCUCGAGGCGCGCUUCGACCAGGGCGACCGGCGGCUCGAGGCGCUCAUGAUGGCGCUCGAGGUUUACUGCUCCGGGGCAAGCGCCGCACCCGCACCGGCACCGGCGCGCACGUCGAGCUCCGGGUCGACGGACUCGACGCUGAGGCACGAGGAUGACGCGUUUUCGCUCUUCUGCACGCUCGAGGAGGCCGAUGACCCGGUGGCCGCCUUCAAGCGUCUGGCGGUCGAGGCGGGCAAGCUGCACCUGGUCCCGCACCUGGUGCAGCUGGUGCAGAGCCGGCUGAUGGCCGGCGGCGAGGAGAGCCGGUACCUGCUGCAGCACGAGCUCGAGAAGCUCUGCCCUCCGCGCCGGGUCCGAGACUUUCGCAACCCGUACGCGCGCACCGUGCAGCUGACGGUGUGGGACGCCGCUGCGCUCGGCGACCGGCUGCGGCCCGGGGCGCGGUUUGUCGUUUCCAACCUGGUGCCCACGCAGAAGCGCUCCUGGAGGAGACCGGACGAGGCGGCCGACGUCUUUCUCUCGACGCGCCGCGAUACCCGCUGGACGCCCGUCGAGUGA